GUCUUCGUCAUCCCCCAAGAAUCACAAGCUCGUCGUCCCUCAUCCCUACUCCAAUAACCAACAACCAACAUGGACUUCGUCAACAACCUCACCGGCGGCGGCAACAACGCCCAGAACCAGCAGGCCACUGGCUCCAACGAGCAGCAGUCCUCGGGCGGCGGGUUCAUGGACAAGCUCAACUCGGCUGCCGGCGGCGGCAAGGAGAGCGAGAAGAACGAGGACUUUGUCGACAAGGGCGUCGACUUUGUCCAGGAGAAGUUCCUCGGCCAGGGUGCUCAGGACAACGAGAACGCCAUUGAGCAGGCCAAGGACGAGCAAAUCUCCGACUUCAUCCGCGGCAAGUACAAGGAGACCACGGGCAGCGAUGUCCCCAUUGCCGAUAAAUAAAUGUAAUCAGUCCCCAUCAUGUGGACCUCUGCUUCUAUUGUGUUCUUCGAUUGUGUUAUAGGGAUGGAUUUUCGCCGUUGGGAACCGGUUUGAUGAAGCUGCAGAACUCUUGCCACAAUCACGAAUUGAUGAUUUCAAAGCCG